GCCGUACUCAAGAAAAAGAUAGAGCACCAUGCGGGCGUUCUUACGUCGUCGCGACCGGGAUGGCAGAGCUUCUCGACGGCUGCAGCAGGCACGAGAAUGGGUCGACGGGUGCAGCUCCACCAAGAUGGGUUACUGGGAGGACCUCAAGGCAGCGGAAGCGGAUCGGAGGGAGCAGGCGGCGACGGCCAUGCAGGCCGCAUAUCGAGGCUGGGAAGGUCGCCAGAUCGCAGCCGACAGGCAAGGGGUUUUCAGUAUAUUGUUUCGCAUUGAUGGUCUGACCGGCUGA